AUGGGUUCAUAUUGCACCGCACGACCGUUAGGAACGCCGUCUCAGUCUACGGUGGGUCCACGUCACUUGAAAGUGGCUCAGAGCUCUGAAACAGCAAAGAGAGAGCGGGAACGCGUUGCGUACACCUCACAUCCUCCUCCUCCUCUCCUCUACAUAAGCGCCCUCGCAUCACAUUCUUUGCACACUCAACAAGCAUUCACCAUUCUCAUACCUCUUCAUUUUUCUUCAGAUCUAUACGACCUUCGUUUCUCUCUUCACUUCACCUCCUUUCACUUGUCGACUGAAGAAAUGGCUCCUCCAAUUGAGACCCCAAACAAGAUUUCUGGCUUUCAGCACACCCCACACCCCCCUCUUAAUGAGAGGAUUCUUUCAUCCUUGACCAGGAGGACUGUUGCUGCGCAUCCGUGGCAUGAUCUUGAGAUAGGACCCGAAGCUCCAAAGAUCUUCAACUGUGUGGUUGAAAUUGGAAAAGGAAGCAAGGUGAAAUAUGAACUUGACAAAAAAACUGGACUUAUUAAGGUUGAUCGUAUACUUUACUCGUCAGUUGUGUACCCUCACAACUAUGGGUUUAUCCCUCGUACAAUUUGUGAGGAUAGUGACCCCAUGGAUGUCUUGGUUAUUAUGCAGGAACCGGUUCAUCCAGGUUGCUUCCUGCGGGCUAAAGCUAUUGGACUCAUGCCUAUGAUUGACCAGGGGGAGAAAGAUGAUAAGAUCAUUGCUGUCUGUGCUGAUGAUCCCGAGUAUCGGCAUUACAAUGAUAUCAAGGACCUUCCUCCUCACCGUUUAGCUGAAAUCCGACGUUUUUUUGAAGAUUACAAGAAGAAUGAAAACAAGGAAGUUGCAGUAAACGACUUUCUUCCUGCCUCAUCUGCCUAUGAAGCGAUUAAGCAUUCCAUGACCUUGUAUGCGGACUACGUUGUGGAGAGCUUGAGGCGGUAG